UAGAGGUAGGAGGCUGACUUAAGACCUAAUGGACCGCUUCCCGGUUGUAACUCAAUGCGGACAUCAUCACUUCGGAGCUGAAGUGCCACUGGGACAGAUUCGGUAACCCUCGUGCGCUCGUGUAGCGACUUCAUUCAUUCACCUUCUUUACUCUGACAACACUUCAAGAACUUUUUUUAACGGAGCGCCUGAAAAGUGGAGACACCUGAAACGUAUCCGUAUCAAAACAUCGUUUAGCUGCCGCACACCUUUCCUGACUUUGAUCUGUCCAGAAGAUCUGAGCGUGAUUUUUGGUCUGGACCCGUCAAUCUGUCAGCCACUGGGCAAGAAACUCACCUCUGGAAAAGCGUAUCUGGUCAACAUCUGUCAUCCUUCAGGAAAGAUAUAGGCUACCUGCCGAGCUCACACGUUUUUUGAAGAACUAUAAAGCACUAUAAUGGGAUUCUUACUGUUCCACGUUUUCUGUUCAGUGAUGUUGGUGUUUCAGUUUCUUCAAAGGGCAGGUUCCAAUGAGAUCCUGCGGCUGAAGAUCCCCGUGGACCCCAUUCUGAACGCCAACACGGUCUGCCUGACGCUGCCGGGCCUCACCAAGAAGCAGAUGGAGGUGUGCAUGCGCAACCCGGACGUGACGGCCUCCGCCAUCCAGGGCAUCCAGAUCGCCAUCCACGAGUGCCAGCACCAGUUCAGGGGCCACCGCUGGAACUGCUCCAGCCUGGAGACGCGCAACAAGAUCCCCUACGACAGCGUGGUGUUCAGCAGAGGUUUCCGCGAGAGCGCCUUUGCGUACGCCAUCGCGGCGGCCGGCGUGGUGCACGCGGUGGCCAACGCCUGCGCCAUGGGCAAGCUGAAGGCCUGCAGCUGCGACGACAAGCGCCGCGGUGACGAGGAGGCCUUCCGCGCCAAGCUCACCCGCCUGCAGAUGGAGGCCAUCAACCGGGGCAAGGGCAUGUCCCACGGCAUCAUGGAGCACUUCCCCGCCAUGCCCGCCGACGCCCACGCCAACGCCAACGCGUACGCCAACGCCGCCGCCAACGCCGCCACCACCACGACCACGCUGGGGCCGCAGGACACCUGGGAGUGGGGCGGCUGCAGCCCCAACGUGGAGUUCGGCGAGAAGUUCUCGCGGGACUUCCUGGACUCGAGGGAGACGCACCGGGACACGGUGCACCGGGACAUCCACGCGCGCAUGCGGCUCCACAACAACAGAGUUGGCAGGCAGAUGGUGGUUGAGAACAUGAGGCGGAAAUGCAAAUGUCACGGCGCGUCGGGCAGCUGCCAGCUGAAGACCUGCUGGCAGGUGACGCCCGACUUCCGCACGGUGGGCUCGCUCCUGAAGGACCGCUUCAACAUGGCCACCGUCAUCAAGUCCCACAACCGCAACACGGGCCAGGUGGAAAACGCCAACUCCGUCAACCAGCACAGCAACAACCACAAUCACCACCACAGCAACCACCACAACAACCACCAUCACCACCACCACCAUCACCACCACCACCACCACCACCGGCGUCGCAGCAACUACAACGAGCUGGUCUACUUCGAGAAGUCGCCCGACUUCUGCGAGCGCGACCUGAGCUCCGACUCGGCGGGUACGCAGGGCCGCAUCUGCAACAAGACCAGCCUGGCGAUGGACAGCUGCGAGAGCCUCUGCUGCGGCCGGGGCCACAAUAUCCUGCAGCAGACACGGAGCGAACGCUGCAACUGCAAGUUCCACUGGUGCUGCUACGUGGUGUGCGAAGAGUGCCGGAUAACGGAGUGGGUCAACGUCUGUAAAUGAUAGCACGAGAACAUUUGAAAAAAACAACAACAACAAAAAAACACUAUGCAUAAACCUUAAUAAAUGAAUAUAUAUGAAAGACAUUAACACAGACAUUAUAAAGUAGAGAGAGAGAGAAGUGGGGGGAAGGAGACUGCAAGGAUUUAACCCUACCUUCCCUUUUGCGAUGGACUGCCAGCUCCAUUUUUUUCAUAGAGUGGAAAGCAUGAAAAAAACCAAGACUGGGACGUGUGAAGCUAUGUUCACACCAAGAGCGACCUACGCUAACUGAGUGACAGAAGUUAUUAUUUCUCUAUGGAAGAUAAGCGAACUGGCGACCAGAGCAAAUUUGCCAGGGGUGAAGCGAACUGAGCGACCAGAGCGAAUUUCAACGAUUAAAGUCAAGCUAACAUUAUGGUAAUGAGCUAUGACGCGGUUCGGCGAAAACCAAUUGGAAUGUUCAUAUCUCCGAAUGUCCCAGGCUGUCAAGCCAGAGCCGUUAUGUGAUUAGCUAAAUCAAACAUGUCAAUGUCACAUACGGAGCGAAUAAAGAGAAUUCAUGGCGAAACUUCUUCAGCUUCCUCCGCUACCAGGCAGCGUGGGUCGCCCUUGGUCUGGACACAGCAUGAGGAGGUGUUGUGCGCUGGUGGCGUGCACACAGCAGCAUGUGUUGAAACACAGUAGUUCAGAUUGAGCUUUUGGACCUGCACUGCAUAUAAUAAUAAUCUUCAGAGAAGUUUAAAGAUAAGUUAAAAACAAGUGAUACAACUAUUGUGGGUUUCAUUGAUAUCUGAGCACUCCUUUAUUUAAGAAUAGUGGUUCUUAUCAAUUACUUACAGCAGUGGUUCCCAAACGUUUUCAGCGGGG